AAAGGCGGGCAAAAUGGAAAGGCAGCUGGGAAAAACUGAAAACGCAUUAAAGCCAAAAGCAGCUGCAAAACGAGCCCCUCCCUCCUCUCCUUUGUUUACCCUUUUCACUCGACGGCGAAGUUUUAAAGGAUGUGCUUGUAUGUGUGAGUGUGUGCGAGCAUGGGUUAAGCUUUAAAGUUGGCCGGAUAAUUAUUUGACGUUUGCCAAGUUUUCACUGGCCAAAGCAGCAAUUAAAGGUUUAAAGACACGCCUAUAAAAAGUGUGAUUUUUAUUGAGGUUGCCACAAUUUUGGGAACAUUGCAUUUUAUCUCUUGCAACAGAACCAAGCCCUUUAUUUAAAAUAAUAAAUUAUUUUGUUUCUGCCCAUGAAAUGACAUUUUUAAUGGCUUAAAUUUCUACCUUUAAUUUAUGUGCUUUCAUUUAUUUUUUAGGAAGUAUAAUUUCUAUACAUUCCUUUUGAAUAGCAAAAUUCACAACAAAUACUCCAAAGUUGUUUCGCUUUCUGGCAAAAACAUUUUCGUAGCAUACUUAGCGGUGUUAAAUAUUUCAACGCUGCCAUUUUCUCUCACUUUUCAUGGAGAAAGAGAGCAGUGCGAGCGAGAGAACGAGGGUGAGAGAGCCGGCGAAUGAGAGAGAGUCUGCUCUUCGCAGCUGCGCAUUCGCCGACUACAAGAGAGAGCGAGAUGCAAGAUGUUAAGGCGACGUUGCUGCUGAAGUCGACGCAGGCAGAACAAAAUGGCUGCGAGCCCCAAAAAGUAGGCAAAAAUUUACACCCGGUUCUCCGACUCUCUCUCUUUUUUCAUCCAUUAAUAAUUCGAUGCCUCCGAAGUUCCCAGCCAAUAAUUCAACAAUAAUUAUUAUUUAUUUCCUCUACAAUUUUUCAACAUUUUUAUGAGCGAAAAAACUUAGUGAAAAAUUACCAAAAAUUCGGAGCAAAACUGCAAACGCAGCUCGUCUGCCGCUUUUAUCGCUGCAGCGACGCUGACUGCGCAGCUGCGUCGCAGUCGACAGCGGCGUCAGGCGAAAAGGAGCGCAGGUCAUUAAUGUUUUGAUUUUAAUUGCGUUAAUUACGUGCAACGGAUUUUUCACUUAGCCACAACACGAGCCCCACACAAUUUAUGCAACUAUUUUUUUGCCGCAAAAGUGUCAACACAUCAAGUAUACGCCUCUUUGACAAAGAAAGCAAUGGCAACUCUAAAAAUCAUAAGGAAAAAACCAUUCAAAAAAGAGCAACAUUUUUAAGCGGAAACGUGUGACUUUUUUGUGAUGUUGUUUUUUUUUUGUCACCGCUCUCGACGCGUCAAUUUAUUGCUUGUCAUAUAAAUUAAACUGUUUGCUGUGUGAUAAACAACAACAAUGAAUGGCCGGCCAGCGACGGCGUAACUGAGAUUCAUUAAUGGGCUCGGCGAGCGAAGACGAUGACGACGAUGAUCCGCCGCAUUUGCGGGCCACGGCACUUGGACUGGGCGUUCUGGGGCCCAAUGGACCGGACUCAGCGGGCGGACCUCUGGGCACAUCGGAUAUAUCAGUACAAAGCAUGAGCACCGAUAGCAAAAAUACCCAUGACGACUCCGAUCAGGGCUCCUUGGACGGGGAUCCGGAUGGACGCGGCGAUUCCCAGGCGGAGAACAAAAGUCCCGACGAUGCCAACGGAUCGAAGCGACGCGGUCCGCGCACCACCAUCAAGGCCAAGCAGCUGGAGGUGCUCAAGACGGCCUUCAAUCAGACGCCGAAGCCGACACGCCACAUCAGGGAGCAACUGGCCAAGGAGACCGGCCUGCCCAUGCGCGUUAUACAGGUGUGGUUCCAGAACAAGCGAUCGAAGGAGCGACGCAUGAAGCAAAUCACAAGUAUGGGACGUCCGCCGUUCUUCGGCGGCGCCCGCAAAAUGAGGGGCUUCCCCAUGAACCUCUCGCCCGGCGGACUGGACGACGGACCCGGCUUCCCCUACUUCGCGGCGGACGCCAAGUUCGAGUUCGGCUACGGCGGACCCUUCCACCCGCACGACGGACCCUACUUCCCCGGACACCCCGGCGGACCCAUGCCGUUCAAUGCGCCAGGUGGCCCCAUGGACCACAGCGGCCCCAUUCCGAUGGUGAACGAGUUCGGGCUGACGCCGGAGGCGACGUUCCUCGGCCAGGCGGGCGGUCCGCCGAUGCAGCUGCAGUCGGCCGUUGGACCGCCGCCCCCGCCGCCGCCACCGAGCGCCGAGCACUUGAUGGCGGCCGCAGCAGCAGCGGCGCAGCAACAGGCGGCGCAACAGCAGCAGCAGCAACAGCAACAGCAGCAGAAUGCGCAACAAGCGGCGAAUCAGACGCAGCAGCAGCAGCAACAAAAUGGCCCCCGCACCAAUUCGCCGGAGUUCAUGAGCUCGGCGAAUUUCAGCGAACCGCAGAAUAUGCAAAAUGAAGGGCUCGUUUGGUAAUAUACGAAACAGUUGGCAACGCGGCUGCUGCUCUUCGGCAGAGAGCGAGUGCGAGAGAGAGCGGCGGCGAGCGAGCGAGAGCGCGAGUGAGAGCGAGAGAGAGGGAGCAUUUUUUCGUUCGUAUACCGUUGAAAAUUCACUCUCUCGCUCUAACGCCGUCUCGUUCUGGCCAAAGGCUAAGCCCCACCCCCUCUGCUGCGUUUUGUUUUUGUUAUACUUUUAUUAUUAUUAUUAUUAUUAUAACUGUGCUAUUUUUUUUUGUAUUUCAAU